UUAGGAAUCAUUUGACGUGCACAUGUUAAGCUGCAAUGUUGUUUCAAGCGGCGCUAUGUGUUAUCUUAUUAGUGUUAAUGUGGUGGUGGAGAAAUCGGAAAUUUAUCCAGCAAUACAGGAAAUUGGGGUGUACGUACACCGCCCUGCCGAUUUUGGGACACGCCCACAUGUUUAUUGGUAAUAGAGAAGCUAUAAUGAAUACAUUUAUUAAGUUCGGAGAGGAAGCCAUAUCCCGCGGCGGCGUCGCUCCGCUGUGGCUUGUCAACGAGUACCACCUUUGCAUCGCGGACGCCCUCGACUGCGAAGCAGUGCUCAAGAAUUACUUCUCCAAAGACAAGCUAUUGAGGAUGAUAAGACUUCUAACAGGGGACAGUUUUAUAUUUGCGCCAGUGGAGAUCUGGAAGCCCCGCCGGCGUCUCAUGGCUCCCCUGUUCAGCGUUAGGAGCACCAACUCUUUCUUGGGAGUCUUCACGAGGCAGAGCACGCGAUUGGCGGAACAGCUCCAAGCUGCGGCCAAUCAGGGCCCAGUGGCGCUGUGGCCGUUUGUCAACGCGUUUACCUUGGACACUGCUUGUGAGACAGUUCUGGGCGUAGAGCUGAACAGCCAGUUAGACAAUAACAACCCGCUACUAGUGGCCGUGGACAGGCUGGUGGAGUUGGCGGGCGACGGGCUCACCAAGUUCUGGUAUCAGAUCGACUUCAUCAUGAAGAACCACCCCUCCUACAGGAGCUUCAUGACAGAACAGGCCAUUAUUCAACAGUUUAUUGAUGAGUCAAUCAAGGAAAAAGAAGAAAAAAGCCAUACCAUCGCCAUGAAUCCGAAUACGAAGGAGUUUUUCUCAUUAGAGGACGAGAGUAGACCAGUGAGUCUAUUGGAGAAGCUGAUCCAGUCGGUGUCUGCGGCGGGCGCGCGCGCGGAGGCGCUGGGGCUGCUGCUGGCCGCCGCGGGCUCGGCCGCCGCCGCGCUCGCCUUCACGCUGCUCAUGCUGGCCCGCCAUCCUGCCGUGCAGGACAAACUCUACCAAGAAUUGCGAGAAGUGUUCGGAGAAGACUCUGCCCGCCCCGUGACGCUGGUGGACCUCCAGCGGCUGAAGUACCUGGAGGCGGUGGUGCGCGAGACGCUGCGGCUGUUCCCGCCCGCCGCCAACAUCGUGCGCGAGGCGCACCGCGACCUGACGCUGCCAUCAGGAGUCGAAGUGCUCAAAGGAACCAACCUGAUUCUCAGCAUUUGGGGAGUCCAGAGGAACCCCAAGUAUUGGGGGCCCGACGCCCACGAGUUCCGACCAGAGAGGUUCCUCGAAGGACCACUGGAGCAUCAAAGUGCAUUUUUGGCGUUUAGCAGUGGCCCACGAGGUUGUCCGGGAGCGCAAUACGCCAGUAUGGUCACAAAGACGGCGGCGGCCACCCUCCUGCGGCGGUACCGCGUGCGGCCGCUGCAGCACGGGCCGCUGCGGCUCCUGUUCAGCGUCACGCUCAAGGAGAUCGAUAAUUUCACCGUCAGUUUGCAAUCUAGGAUAUGAAGUGUUAGAACUAUGUGAAAUUAAAUUAGUAAUUUAACAAAAUUUAUUUUAUUCUUAUAGUUGCAAAGAUUUUUUUUUCUCAAAUAUUUAAAAACAAAUUAUAACAAUUGUGUCUCAGGGCAUCUCGGCUGGCAAAGGUGAUGAAGCGUCCUGUCAACAGGAACAUUAAAAAGACUCAUAUGUUUUGUGUGUUUAUUAACAUAAUAAAUAUUAGAAUAUUAAAUCUAUAAAAUGAU